AUGUCAUCAGCAACGGAAUUGGAUCAGCGUGAUCAUAUCGAAGAAUCACUUUCGAGAAUGGAGAAUUUGAAUGAGUUGGAUGAAUUGGUAGACGAUCGCAUUGGAGAUGACUCGUCAUCGAAGGAGCUCGGUGAAUGUAUCUGCGAUGGAUUUUACUGUCACACCUAUGAGAAACGAACACAACGCUCAAUCGAAUGCGUUCCUCACGACCGCAAAUCCGACGAGGACGAGAAUUGA